CUGAAUUCCUGUACAAGGCAGAUUCGAACAAUCCUGAAAGUAGCAUAUUCAAGCUAGUAGACGCAGACUCAGAUGUUGAAAUUCGUCCACAAAUAACUACAAUCCAUACCGUAACUUCAGAUUGUCAACUUCAGCCUCACAGAUUCCAAAGAUUUUCAACUUGGAAAUCACUUGUCAGAGCCAUUACCUGCUUAACUCACAUAGUCCAUUCAUUUAAACGCAACGCAUCUGUAAGUGUGAAUGGAUGUAAAGGUUGGCAUCACUGUCAAAAUGUUUACGCACCAGAAGAAACACAACGAUCCAAGAGCCUUAUCAUCCGUGUUGUGCAGCACCAAAUCUUUUCCGGAGAGAUCGACUGCAUUAACAGUGGAAAUCCUAUUCCCAAAGACAGCACCUUAAAAAAGCUAGACCCUUUUCUUGAUGAAAAUCAUUUAUUGAGAGUAGGAGGCCGUCUUCAAGAAGCAAACUUGGAGACAAAUGAGAAAAAUCCUUUAAUCAUUCCUGGGAGUCACCACAUAGCUUCUUUAAUUGUGCAACACUAUCACAACGAAGUCAAACACCAAGGACGAUUGUUUACCGAAGGAGCUCUACGAUCAGCUGGGUUCUGGAUUAUUGGAGCGAAAAGGUGUGUAAGCAGCACAAUCUUCAAAUGUAUCAUUUGCCGUAGACUUCGUGGUACUUCCCAAACUCAGAAGAUGGCUAAUCUUCCAACAGACAGACUUAGUACAGACCCUCCUUUCUCCAAUGUUGGUCUUGAUGUAUUUGGUCCAUGGACUGUCAUCACACGACAUACUAGAGGUGUGAAUGCGAACAGCAAGCGCUGGGCGGUUGUAUUCACUUGUAUGAGCAUCAGAGCUGUUCACAUCGAAGUUAUAGAAUCAAUGGACACUUCAAGCUUCAUCAAUGCCUUUAGACGCUUCAUUGCUAUCCGUGGCCCAGUAAAACACAUCCGGUCCGACAGAGGUACCAACUUCAUUGGAGCAGCCAAAGAAUUACAAAUUAAUUCGAACAUUGACACUAAAAGCAUAGAGAGAUAUCUCAGUGAGCAAGGUUGUACAUGGACCUUCAACCCGCCUCAUUCUUCUCAUAUGGGAGGUGCCUGGGAAAGGAUGAUCGGCAUGAUACGCAGAAUCCUUGAUUCCAUAUUCUUGCAAGUGGGAACUGCAAGACUUACUCACGAGAGCUUAACAACCUUCAUGGCUGAAGUCUCAGCUAUCGUCAACGGAAGACCAUUGACUUCAGUGUCUAAUGACCCAGAAGACCCACUUCUACUUACUCCGGCCACUCUUCUUACACAGAAGACCGGGAUUACCUAUGCUCCUCCUGGAGAAUUCAAUACCAAAGACCUGUUCAAACGUCAAUGGAGACAAGUUCAAAGCCUUGCAAACACCUUUUGGGACAGAUGGAAAAGACAAUACCUUUCUACCCUGCAGUCAAGGAGCAAGUGGCAAGUUGCCAAACCCAACUUAAAACCAGGUGACAUUGUGCUCGUCAGAGAUUGCCAGUCACAACGCAACGAAUGGCCUUUAAGUCUUGUCACCAAGACGUUCCCAAGCAAGGAUGGGAAAGUUCGUAAGGUUGAGGUCAAGAUCUGUAAGCGAGGAGAGACUAAGUUGUUCCUCAGACCAGUGACUGAACUAUUCUUAUUGUUAUCUGUUUAGAGUUUAAAAUAUGGUACCAGUGAUACCAGACGGGGAGUGUCAUGCCUUCAGCAUUUGCUUUGUGUAGAUCUGAUUACCUUUACUACAGAAAGUUGUAUUAUUGCCCCAUCUAGUGGUCAGUCCCAUCAAUUAAUUUGACCCUCAUAGUCUCUUGUAGCCAGUCUUGCAAUGCAUUCUGGGAUGAAGAAGCUGGGAUCAGCCUUUCUACUUCCCUCAUGGUCCCAGACAGUCAUGCUUUACAUGGGUCCAACUCUCAUAUAGCAUUCGAUGUUUUACCUCAUUAUCACACAUCAUCAUAUCGUAUUGUACAUCAAAUCAACGCAUCAUAUCUGUGAUCCCUUUACUGAAUAAUAAAACACCGUUCUACAAACA